UCCCUCGCCCCAGCCAGCCAGCCAGCCAGCCAGCCAGCCGCUGCGCCCGCCGCACGCACCCGGAGAGAGCCGAGGAGCGCGCAAGACGACGCUGCGCUCCCUGGGGCGUGCUCCUACCUGCCAGGCGCGGCCUCCUGCUGUCUCCCCCGCCGCGCGGCCCCUCCUCCAGGCCGCAGCACGCCGUGCCAACCCCGUGGCCACCGCUGCCCCCGCCGGAACCGAGAUUUUCUCCUGAUGGCUGACUCUAAACCACUCCUCUCCCUUGAUGGGGACGCCGUGGCUGCAGAAGCCUUGCUCCAGGAUGUGUUUGGGAUUGUGGUGGAUGAGGUCAUUCGGAAAGGGACCAGUGCCUCCGAGAAGGUCUGCGAGUGGAAGGAGCCGGAGGAGCUGAAGCAGCUUCUGGAUUUGGAGCUGCGGAAUGAGGGGGAGUCACAGGAGCAGAUCCUGGAGCGCUGCCGGGCUGUGAUCCGCUACAGUGUGAAGACCUGUCACCCUCGUUUCUUCAACCAGCUCUUCUCAGGGUUGGAUCCUCAUGCCCUGGCCGGGCGCAUUGUCACUGAGAGCCUCAACACCAGCCAGUACACAUAUGAGAUCGCCCCCGUGUUUGUCCUCAUGGAAGAAGAGGUGCUGAAGAAACUCCGGGCCCUGGUGGGCUGGAGCUCUGGGGAUGGCGUCUUCUGCCCUGGUGGCUCCAUCUCCAACAUGUAUGCUGUGAACCUGGCCCGCUAUCAGCGCUACCCGGAUUGCAAACAGAGGGGCCUCCGAGCACUGCCGCCCCUGGCCCUUUUCACAUCAAAGGAGUGUCAUUACUCCGUCAAGAAAGGAGCUGCUUUUCUGGGACUUGGCACCGACAGUGUCCGAAUGGUCAAGGCAGAUGAGAGAGGGAAAAUGAUCCCUGAGGAUCUGGAGAGGCAGAUCGGUCUGGCCGAGGCUGAGGGUGCUGUGCCAUUCCUGGUCAGUGCCACCUCUGGCACUACCGUGCUGGGGGCCUUUGACCCUCUGGAGGCAGUUGCAGACGUGUGCCAGCGUCAUGGGCUGUGGCUGCACGUGGACGCCGCCUGGGGUGGGAGCGUCCUGCUGUCACAGACACAUAGACAUCUCCUGAAUGGGAUCCAGAGGGCUGACUCCGUGGCCUGGAAUCCCCAUAAGCUCCUCUCCGCAGGCCUGCAGUGCUCAGCUCUUCUUCUCCGGGACACCUCGAACCUGCUCAAGCGCUGCCACGGGUCCCAGGCCAGCUACCUGUUCCAGCAGGACAAGUUCUACGAUGUGGCUCUGGACACUGGAGACAAGGUGGUGCAGUGUGGCCGUCGCGUGGACUGUCUGAAGCUGUGGCUCAUGUGGAAGGCACAGGGCGGGCAGGGGCUGGAGCGGCGUGUGGACCAGGCCUUUGCCCUUGCCCGGUACCUGGUGGAGGAAUUGAAGAAGCGGGAAGCUUUUGAGUUGGUCAUGGAGCCUGAAUUUGUCAACGUGUGUUUCUGGUACGUGCCCCCCAGUCUGCAGGAGAAGAAGGGGAGUCCGGAUUACGGUGAAAGGCUGGCUAAGGUGGCCCCAGUCCUCAAGGAGCGCAUGGUGAGGAAGGGCUCCAUGAUGAUUGGCUACCAGCCCCACGGUACCCGGGGCAACUUCUUCCGCAUGGUCGUGGCCAACCCUGUGCUGACGCAGGCAGAUAUGGACUUCCUGCUGAAUGAACUGGAACGGCUGGGCCAGGACCUCUGAGCCGCUCCUUCUCACUGCUGGCCUGGACCCCUCCCCCAACCCUUACCAUCUCCCUGUAUCCCCUCCCCGUGUUCUCAAGAACAACCUCUCCAGGAAACAAAGCCGUCUUAAUUUUUAUGUGCUUUGACCCACUAACUCUCCUUUAAGUAUUUGAUAUUAAGAGAAUGUUUAAAUAAAUGAUAGUAUAUCCAUAUGAUGGAAUAUUAC